AUGGGGAAAGGCACAAUCGCAAAGCAAAGAAGAAGAUUUAAGGCUGUGCUAUGUACAAAGCCAAAAACAUAUGCACAGAUAAAAGAAGAAAGAAAACGAUCAGACCGUGAAGGCACAUCCUUUAAUCCUGCUGAAAUUCCAAACUUGGAUGAAGAUGAAGAAGAACAGCAGGAGGCACCCGCAUUGGAUGGUUUCUUCUUGAUGAGACACUGCUGUGUAGAAGACCUUACAGAUUUAUAUUCAGUCAACAUAGCUAGAAAAGAAUUGUCAGAAUUUAAAGAAGAAUUAAGAUUUUUACUUUUUGAUAAUGUUGCAUAUGUGAAUGCUUCUGAAAAUUAUCUCCCUUUUUAGGCUUUUAGAGGUUUUCCAAUAAUCAGAGAACUGAACAUUCCACUGAAUGGCCUCAGGAUUAUAAGAUUAUCUUCAGGGGAUUACCCUACCUUAGAGGUAAAACUCUAUUCAGUGUCAACUAAAUGGACCCAAGAAUAUAAAAUUAUAUCCAGGGGAUUACCAUACAGAGACAAAGAUCUAAAGAUUCCACGCUUCCGUAACUUAGAGAUACUGAUGCUGGAUGAUAACAAGUUGUGUUAUGUUGCCUUAUUUGCUGCUUUAGCUGGUCUAAGAAGGAUUAGACAUCUUAAUUUAGAGAAAAAUGAAAUAUUUUAUGUUCCACAACUGAAAUCAGUAGAGGGAAGUAUGGUUGUGAGCGAAGACGAUACAGGUCAAAUCGACACAAUCGUAGGAAGUCUGACCAUACAUCAGAAACUUUACCUACUGUUUUAUCAGAACCUGGGGUACCAACUUGGAUAUAGAUACAGUGGAUAUAGUGUCCACAGAACUGAGACUGAAUUUUCAGCUGAUGGAUCCAAAAAUCCAAUCGUGGAUAAAUUUGGACAGGAGCCUAAAGGACCACCACUACCUCUUUUUCCAGAACUAAGAUAUCUUAAUUUGUCUUAUAAUUUAAUUGCAGAGGAGGAGGCAUUAUUAUUUAUAGCAGCUUUGCCAAUGUUGUCAGAACUGCUUAUAGCAAAUAAUUCUCUGACAACAGAGAAAAGUGGUGAUCCACCAUUACUGAAGAGAUUCUUACAAGAUAGACUGGGAAUAUAUCUUGGCAGGAAAAAGGAGACCGAAACAGGAAAAGCAACUAUUGAAGUUCCUGCCAGAAAGGCAAGAAAAGUAGGAAAUUAG